AUCCUGCAGCUGAUUCAGCGGGUUAAUCAGGUUAUGUUAAAAUGGCUAAGGCUCCAAAUGGUACAAAGGAUUACGAUGAAAUGUAUAAGCUUUUACUUGUUGGCGAUUCAUCCGUUGGUAAAACAAACCUUCUCCUUCGGUUUUCCGAUAAUAGUUUCAGCAAAACCUUUAUAGCGACCAUAGGCAUUGACUUCAAAGUUCGCACCAUAGAAAUUGAUGGGAAAAAAAUUAAGUUGCAGAUAUGGGACACUGCCGGUCAGGAGCGUUUUCGAACUAUAACAACGGCUUAUUAUCGUGGUGCGAUGGGUAUCAUGCUUGUUUACGACGUUACUAAUAUAGAUUCUUACCAUAAUAUCACUACCUGGAUGAACAACAUAACCGAGCAUACUAAUGAAGGCGUAGCGAAGAUGCUACUUGGGAAUAAAUGCGAUCUGGAAGCACAAAGAGUAGUAAAGUAUGAAAAUGGUUAUAAGCUCGCCCAAUCAUACGGAAUCAGUUUUAUUGAGACCAGUGCUAAAGGAGGUAUUAACGUCUCUGAAGCGUUUACAAUCUUGGCCCGAAAAAUAAAAACGAAAAGGGAGCAGGAGGCUAACCUUAAUAACCCACCUAGAGAAGACAUAAGAAAUAUAACCAGCAAACGACCCAAACGCCUAAUAUGGGGAUGCUCAAUAUUGUAAAUGGCUUCUCCAUUGAUUUUUCCAAGAAACAUCUUUUAGACAUGAUCUAUCCUGCACUCAAACAUUGAACAAUUCUUGAUUUUAGGGAUCUUUAUUUGGUGCCUUUUAUAGCCUCAUUUCUUCGUCGUCUCUUGCUUGUAUUUGACACAUGGUUUCCAUCGUCCCCAUCAUACGGUUUCGUUUAUUGUCUUCAAGUAUCUACUUUUACCUUUAUAAAAACAUUAUAUCUUAUCAGCAAAUUGCUUUUUCCGUCUAAUUUCUAAUUUUUUUCCUUUUGUUGUUACGAGUCAAGCCGGUUUUAUCACUUAAUUAGAAUUAGUUGAAAUAAUUUUUGUGUGGUUUGGUUUCUUUCACCUCAUUGUUAGUUUACAUUGACGUGCAGUUUUUCAUAAUUGUUUUAUUUUUGUCUCAAGAUCACUAGUUUCUCAGUGAUUGUAAAUAAUCCAUUUUGGCACGUAUUCCUACUCUUUUCAAAACCUGAUUCUGUCCUACUUUUCCAAAACUUGUUAAAUUGCUAAACUAUGUGUAUAUAUGUUGUUAAUUUGGCCCCAUAUUCUCUGACUUUAUUUUUGGGAACCUAUUAUGGUGUAAUUCUGAAGCUUUAUUUUGAGCGUUUUUAUCUGCGCGUUUGCGCUGAGUUAGUAUUAUAUGCAUCUGCAUCUAUAUGAAAAUACAUUUAAUCAUAUGUUUAGACCGACAAAACCUUGAAAUUCUGUCUACAGUUUCACUUACAGAACAUGUACACCUAUUUAUGGCUUCUUAUCAAGCCGUUAUAGAUUAUACUUAUAAAUCUCUGUUAGGCACAAUAUAUCAUCUGUACUAGGAGUUGGUCAUGCCGGUUUCAGUUGAUUUCUUCAUUUGAUUACAUUUCAAAUAAAAGUAACUGUUUCUCAAGAAAACGUAAGCUUUUUUUAAGUAUAUGAUUUUCAUUAUUGGUCUUCUAUUAUCAGAAUUUCCUAAGGAAUUCUCGAUAAAGUUGUUUCUCGUCUUUCUGUCUUGCUUUUUUCAUUUAAUCUACCGCCUCAUCAGCUUUUCAGAUUAUAUGCAAUACUAAAUGAGCACUAUUAUGUUACUCUGUUUUAUUUUUCAUUUUGGCUAAUAUAUUUAACACUGAUUAUAAUAAAACUUAUCUUCAAGUUUUUCUGAUAUUAACUAUUAGUAUGUAAAUUUCUAACUCCGAACCCCUAGAUAUUACACAAAUCUUUUAUACUAAUAAUUAUGCGUCAAAUCGCAUCCUAGCGUAAGUUAUAUGUUAACGUGAAAUAUGACUGAAGUGACGUCAUGUACAAUGUAACCCCCAAGUGCCCUGGUACGGCCGACGGUGAGAAAUUAUGCUCCCCCUCUUAAAUGGCCACGCGUAUACAGCCACUCACAGGUAAGUUUUACUGCCUUCUCGUGGCGUGGGUGUUGUUUACGAAAUUGAGAGGACGAAAAGCGAAUUUCCGGCGCUUUAACCGGGUUGGUGGACAUGGAGAGUCCACCUAGGAGAGUUGGAAAACCCUAAUUCCAAACCAAUGGUGCACAUGGGCUCCAGGUUCUGAAGGAACCAUUGGCGUGUGAUCCUGUUGUUGGUCAUCGGUCACCAUGGGACUGCACCUCCUAACGUUGCUCCACUCCCUUGUGGAUUAAACCUUCAAGUCAAAGGCUUGGGGUGUGGCCUCCUAAGAAAACUACCUGCUUCGGUUUGGGCACCCGGGCAGUAUCACAAAUUAAUGAUAACUGCUACUGGCCUCAUUGUUAUUGUGUGGCUCAUAUGUAUUUGGUGCCCCCCUCGUACCAAUGUUUAUGUGUUCAGUUAAUUAAAUACACAGUACAUGUUAAUAUGUUGAUAAUGUAGUGCUCAAGUAAGCUACUCGUUAAUUCCAAGUUAUAUUUGACUCGAAAACCGGUUAUCUAAAUACCCUAAUGUUCUACACAUUGUUUUUCCUCAAGUAAAGGGGCUCAUUGUUUCUAUAAGUGUAUCAAACUGCGGAUACAGAAAGUGUCCGUCGACAAGGAAUAGUCAAAACGAAUAGGUUGCUUAGGGUCAGUGACCUAAUCAGACAGUUGGUUAGCUCCCAAAUGCCCUGGUACGGCCGAGAGUGAGCAGGGUCCACUUUCCCUCGAAAUGCUCCCACAUGGCCACGCGUAUAUAGCCUCUGCCAGGGAAGUCAUUCUCGCUGCGAGGGUGUUGUUUACGAAGUUGAGAGGACGAGACACGAAUGUCCAGCACUUUAACCGGGUUGGUGGAUAUGGAGAGUUCACCUAGGGGAGUUGGAAAACCCUAAUUCCAAACCAAUGGUGCACAUGGGCUCCAGUAUCCUGAGGGGACAAAUGGCGUAUGAACCAACCGGCUACCAUGGGACUGCAUCUCCUUACGACGCUCCGCUGCCUUGUGGGUCGGACCUUUAAGUCGAAGGCUCCGAGCGUGGUCCUCUAAGAAAACCACCCGCUUCGGUUUGGGCACCCGGGCAGUAUCACAGCCCUCACACAAAUCAAAUGAGAUUUGUGUGGCGCAUAUGUAUUUGGUGCUUCCUCGUAUCAAUAUCUAUGCGUUCAAAU